AAUGAAAAAAAACAAAUUACGACAUAUCUAAUAUCAAUUUGAGAAACACUUGGUUUUUUUGUCAAAUAAAAUUUUAUGACAUCGUAUUGCUUAAAAGCUAUAAGACAAGGGAUCUAUUGAAAAUUUUACAAUAGACACAAUAGGAUCGUAAUCAGAUCAUAAGUUGUAGGGGUUUUAACUGAUUGGAUGGAUCUUUUUUUGAUUGAAUAAGAUAGUGCCUCUAAUAAUUGAUUUCUUAUGUGGGGUAAGUUUGCACAGGUAUUUAUUAUGUCGAAGGUACUAUCAUAUACAGCAAUAUUAGAUACUUGAUUUAUUGUCCAAUGAUAAAAAAUGAAGGGCUGGAUGUAUUAUAAUAUAGGACAUUCUUUAAAUUAUGUAGAUUGGAAUCAAACUCCUUCAGCUUAGAAAAAAAAGAUUGGAUCACCUUCAUUCUUAUUCACUAUAUAUAAUAUCGUGUAAUAAGUCUAAUGAUUUUUGGCAUCAACUCUCCUUAAUUUAUUAAGUAGAUGAUCGACGCCAUUGAUUUUUAUCAGAAGAAUAUAGGAAGAUGAACUG